AUGUUUGCUGCUAUUGCAUCAGGGAAUCCAUUACAGUUAUCAGAAGAAGUACCCAAUUCCAACGGAUUGCAACAUACUUUAGUUCUUUCUUCAACAAAACCUAGAAAUUAUUCUCAUAUCACUUUAUUUAUUUUACCUAAUGUAACUUUCCCAUCAGAUUUUGUUGCAAUUGUAUUUUUCAAAUUAGGACCCAAUGAAGAUUUUAAAAUAUUUGGAUAUUUAUCACAAGAAAAACCAAGUGCCAUUUUUAAAGUAAAAUUAAAUAAUAAUAAUGGUAUGUCUAAUAAUAUCGAUGAAAGUGAACAAAAUGAAGGUUUAGGAGAAAUUGAUAUGGAGGAUGAUAAUAUCAAUGAGAAUAUAUCUAAUAAUAUGAACACAUCUAAUUUAUCACAAUUAAUAAUUGGAAUAUCUAUCGAACCUAGGACAGAAGGCAUGGAAAAAGUAAAUCAAUGGAAGCAACUUCGAACAGGAACCCAGAAUAAUCCUAUGAAUAAUACAAAUGUCAAUUCUAUGGCUUUAGUUACAGUAAAUAACAAAGGAAUUAAUACACCAGGGCAAUUAGCUAAGAUGUAUCCUAAAUUAACCCAAGAUCUGGCGGCAAAGAUUGUGCAACACGCGUAUAAUUAUCUCUCAGGGUUCCUUGAUAUGAACGGAAAUGUUUCUAUAAAAAGAUUUGAUACUUGGUGGGAUAAGUUUAAAAAGAGAUUAGCUAAUGAUGGGACAUUUUUAGAUGAAGUCACAAGUGAAUAA